UUAAUCAGAUAAUUGUAUAAAAAAACAUGGGCGACAUGUCAGAGAAACAACAAGAAGAGUUAGAAGUUUUACAGUCGAUUUAUGAAGGAGACACAAAGUUUAAACAGAUUUCAUCUACCUGUUUCCAGUAUAUGUAUGGUGAUGAGGAACAAAAGUCUAUUCUUAUCGAAAUAUCUUGGCCAGAACUGUAUCCAAGUGUUCUUCCAAAUGUUAAUUUAGAUCUUUUUCAUAACGGAUACCUAACUCCAGAGUUUAAAUCAGAAAUUCAAUCAAAGAUUCUUAAAGAAGCUAAUGACCUUUUACAUGAUGCUAUGACUUAUUCACUUUUUAACUGGAUGAGUGAACAUGCAGAUGACUUUAUCAAUAGAAUAGCAGAAAUUGUUGCCAAUAACAAGGUGUUUCGUGAGACAAAAUUAAUCUGUGAUGACAACUCCAUUGUUUCUACAAAGAAAGAGAAGAAACAACAGUUAUCUAAAGCACAAAAGCGAAGAAUAACUGAGCAAACUAAUUACUUAGGCGAGAAAGAACGUGGACAUGAUUGGAUUGAUGUUGUAAAACAUUUAACUCAAGGUGUAUGAGUAGCACAAUAUUGAAGAUAUUGUUGGAAAUGAAUAUUUUCUCCUUUAAAGAUCUGAAAUAAAAGAUAUGUGGUUGAAUGUAUAAACUAUAAAAGAGUACAAGUAAAAAUUAUGGCUACAUCAUAAAAAAAAUAAAGUGUGCGGUUAAUGGAAAAUAGGAAUAACGAA